GAGGGGUAGGGGGCUCCCAGGGGCUGACGGCCCUGGGAAUGGGGCGGGGGGCCCCUUUCCCCGCUCCCAGCCCGGGUCCGCGAGGCCAAGGAAGGGCCCGAUCCUCCGCCCGCUCGCCCCGGCGCCGGGGAGACGCGCGCUCGCCGGCUGGCGCCGAGCCUCCCUCCAGAUGGUGCAGCUGGUAGCGCUGCUGUGGCGGAGGCUGCUGCGCAAGCGAUGGGUGCUGGGCCUCGUCUUCGGCCUCUCGCUCAUCUACUUCCUCAACAGCACCUUCAAGCAGGAAGAGAGAGUGCUGCGGGAUCGGAAUUUCCUCCAAGGUCAAGAUGAAGACCACCCCAUUGCCUGGAAAGUCCAUUUUAGCUUGGCGAACAGCAGCCAGCCGAAUAACCAGUGUCGGAACUCUGUCCAAGGAAAAUUGUUGAUCACAGAUGAGUUGGGCUACAUCUGCGAAAGGAAGGACCUGCUGGUGAAUGGGUGUUGCAACGUGGAGGCGCCCGGCGUCAAGUUGUACAGCUGUGACAGCUGCCUGCCCAGUGGAUGUUGCAGCGUUUACGAGGCCUGUGUGUCCUGCUGCUUACAGCCCAACAAGCAACAGCUCCUUGAGCAUUUUCUAAGCCGAGCGGCGGUGGCCUUCCGCAAUCUCUUCAUGGCUGUGGAAGAUCAUUUUGAGCUCUGCCUGGCUAAAUGCAGGACCUCCUCACAGAGCGUGCAGCAUGAAAACACCUAUCGCAACCCCAUUGCAAAAUACUGCUAUGGGGAGUUCCCCCCAGACCUUCUGUCAGUAUGAAAGAGCUCGAGAAACUGACCAAGGACUUAAGAUGAGACUUGCAACGUGGCAGAGAGAGAUACACAACUUGGCAAUCAGCUGGUUGGCUUCCUUUGCUUAAGACUGAUUUCCUUUUGGCAGCCCGCAACUUCACCUUCUGGAAGAACUUGAGUUAGCCUGCUGCCCGGUCCUUGCAGCUGCAAAGCGGAGCAAAACGGGUGGAAAUCCACAAAUAACUGGAUUCAAAGGUUUGCCUCAAAGACUCAGCUGAAAUUUGGACAUAGGCAUUAAGUUCCUAAUCAACGAUCAGUCACGUGGGACCACUUGUAGAUUGAGAAAGCCAGCAGAAUGGCCAAGAGUGUAGACAGGCAUCUGCAUUAAAAUACCCCCGGACAGAGUUCUGAAUUCAUUAGAAAAGAGAAGGGGGCAAAUUCUCCCCUUAGAUGGAAGUUUAAUACUUGAGGUCAACUGAUUGCCUUGAUCUUUGACCUCCCUUUUCUAAGAUUGGUCGUCAAUUCCGUGAAAGAAGAAUCAAUUUCAGUAUCUGGGUGAUGAUACGCACGUUAUCUACUCGGUUCUGAUUUUCCCAAGUUGAUGUCCUCUCUGUUGGGUUACAGUUCUCGUCCUUCUCAAUAAGUUACGGCCGUGAUGGCAACUGGGUGACCGCCUAGGCUGCGGAAGGCAGAUGGGAGGAGAUUGCAAGAAUCCGGGACUUCUGAGAAACAUCGAAACUUAAAUUUUCAGCCAGCAGGAUUUCAGCCAGAAAAUUUCCUAUUUUUCUGACUUUCGACAUUGCUUGAAUAUUGGAGAAAAAAUCGAAUGUCUAGAUACGGGCAAUGGGGUCUCUAAGGAAAAGAGCUUUUAAAAAGAUUAAGAUAGAUUUAUGGAAAGAGAAGACUACCUCCGGUUAUUAAUCAUCAGGGCAUUUUGUUCUGAAGUGGGAAGAGGGGGUGUGAACUGUUUGCUUCAUGCUUCUCCGUCUGCUUGGUCUCUCUAAAAAAGAAGGCACUAUGUCAAAAACAGAAAAAAACACCUCUUAAACUGAACAACAGAAGGAAUUAUUAGAUUAAGGCAAAGGUGGCUUAUGUCACGUGUCUGGGUUGUAAAUUGCAGCGUGGAUAGUCCUUGACUUUAUGAUUGUAAUUGGACCCAGACUUGUUAUAAUUCCUGCCUGGCUGAGGAAUUCUGGGAAUUGAAGUUCACAAGUCAUAAAAGGGCCAAGUUUGAAGACCUCUGUAGUAAGUCACUGCAGUUGUUAAGCAGUUCACCAUGCCUGAUUUUCUGACCGUUUUGCGAUGGUCGUUAAGCAGAUCGAUUUUAUCCAAUUGAUGUUUUUGGGAAACUGGAAAGUAAAUGCCAGAAACGCACAAAAAAACAUGGAAAAUUGCGGUCACCAAGGGCUGUAAAUAUGAGCCAAUUGCCAAGCACCCAAGAUACGAUCACAAAUGCAUGUGAAGGAUGAGGCGAGCUUCAGAACUUUAAAAUUGGGUCCUAAGUACCUUUCAGAGGGGCUGCCGUAACUGGAAAGAGUUGCUAGGCAACCGAUUGUUAAGUGAGGACUACCUGUAAGAGCAUAAAAUUCAAAGGACUGUCAUGCAGGCUGAGCUGAACCUAUCGUGGCAUCUGUCAGAAUCUAGUUUGAAUCUCUGUAACUCCUUUUCAUGCAUUUGGAUGUAAAUGGACACUCCCAAGUCUCAAAGGGGCUUUUGCAAGAGGCAGCUGGACUGACUUUCUUGUUUUUCUUUGAAGACGUUUCACUUCUCAUCCCAGAAGCUUCUUCAGCUCUGACUGAAGCUUCUUGGGUGAGAAGCGCAACGUCUUCAAAGAAAAACAAAGUCCUUGAAAAAGCAUCUUUGACUGAGCAUCUCAUAGACAUUUGGACACUCCCAAGUUUUUCCUGCCCUUUUCCUGCCUUUGUUAACUGUUUUGAACAUUAUUUUGUGACCUUUUGCAUUGGCCUAAUAAAGGUAUGGCCCUGACAGGUGUACAUUUAAUUUUUCCAACAAUUUCCCCCAAAGCUAGUUCAUGAAAUUUAAAUUUGGAGCAAGGUGAGCCUCACAACUAACAUUUUCCCCCAUUGCUUCCUUCUGUCCUUUUCUGACAAAUUUGAAUGUUUCCUGACUUUCUGUGCCCCCUAGUGGACAUACAUGAUCACAACUUGAUGCUACUGUAUAUAGCAUGUCCCAGGAUAAUAAACGUUUAUUUCUGCGCAGCAGCAUUCGACA